GAGGACUCCCGUCCCGGAGGAUGGAAGAAAAGGACGGCAGCUACUCCGUACCUAGCUACCUUGCCUUCCUCGUGUCAAAAUUCCCGAUGGUUUUGUUUUCAAUUUAGGCGAGGUAAUAAUCACGAGACACGCAGAAGGGUGACGGGACCUAAGGGAAGUAGCGCCCGGCCAUGGCUGCUGGAUCGUCGACAGCGUUUCCACUGCAAUCCGUUAGUGCCGUUCAGUUGCGGAGUCUCUGCCAGGCCCUGUGGGGAUGGGACCUCUGCAGCGACUGCAGAGCCGCCAGGCCAAACAGUCUGCAACGGUGUCGGGAAGGAUCCUGUCCCUGGAGCCAGCGCAGUGAGCGGCUGGAGCUUUUCUUCGACCUAUACCGCGACCUGACCAGCUCCUACGUCCCCGACUUUUUCGGCGACGAAGACCAGGCUCUCAGGAGCCACGAGGAUCUCCUGGACAUCAUUCGCCUGGUGGGUCGGAAUGGCGCGAUGCUCAGUCGCGACGAGUGCAGACAUGUCUACUUCGCAACCCGCAGCAACAAUCCACAUUAUCUCAAUCUCAAUGCUGUGCAUCAAGAUGAGCAAAGCCCGGUGCCCAGGAGCGACCAGGAACGCGCCUUCGAUCUCGCAUCAAGAGUCAUGACCAUGGUUGGCGUCGGCUGCCAUGACCGGGACCAGGACGACCACGACGCUGCCUUUUCUGGCGACGGAGACGAGCACGGCCGGCGGCUCCUUCCUCCCCAUUUUCUCUGGUCGCCAGAAAAGCCACUGCAGGUCGCCCUCGCCGACUCGUUCCCCACCAGAGUGCACCCGAGCCUCCAAGAUAACGACGCACAGUCCAAGACCAUCAAAUCCCGGCUUACCGCCGUCAACUUGACCAAGAUUGCCCGCCUCAAGAUGCAAGGCACCAGCGACCUCCAGCACCAUCUCCGGCUAGACCAGGCUACGGGCACCGUCCACGUUUUCCACUAUACCAGCGUUUUGAAAGAACAUCUGCUUGCCACGAAGCCACUCGGACUAACCACGAAGUCCCACAGCCCCGAAGCCGCUGACCAAGAAAAGACAGCACAGCAUACAAGCGGCAUGGUCUGCCUCCCGCGGUCGCUGGCCCUCGAGACGCUGUACACAAUGCAGCUGCUAUUCCCGCGCGACGACAAGUCACAGGCGUUGCUGCGCAACCUGGUGUCUAAGCACGGCUUCGAUCCGGACUGCCUGCGGUUUGGGACGGCGCCGUUCGAGUCACGCUUGCCGUCGUCGUUAUUUGGCAACAUGACCAAGGCCCAUCAACGCCGAGACGAGGGAGACAGAGACAAUAUUGAUAGCGUCACAGCCACGGCCACGGCGGCCCGCAUGCUGUUGGAUGAAAAGCCCCAAGCACUGAGAUAUCCCGUCUGGGGUUCGCGGCUCAUGGACCUCUUUGACGAGAUCGAGAACCCAAAGCCCCGCGGCGCGCUCGACGCCUGGCUGGAGCGCCGGAGCAAAUCCCGCCAUGUCAUGCUGGUCACGCUCGCCGGGGUUGCCACCGCCGUCGUGCUGGGUUUGCUGAGUUUGUGUGUCAGUAUCUUCCAGACCUGGAUCGCGUGGAAGCAGUGGAAGGCGCAGGAGGGGACUUCUUGAAAUAACAGACGAUGAGAAGGCACAAAUCACAGGAGUUGAUUCAGAGAAAGGGAGCAUUUGAUUGGAUGGGACAUUGAUGGUAAGUGGGUUGUCGCCGCUCGCAUUGUCACCGCCCUCUCCAUUAUAUCCGGUGGACCUGUUAAUAUUUGGUCUGACUAAUUAAUCAGAUGCAGAUGAAAACUGUGGCCU